UCGUGUAGCCUACGCGAGGUCAAGGCACUUUAUUUCAUCGUGCAAAUAAUAGUAGGGUAAGCCUAGCAUAAAUGUAUUGCAAGUUCAGAUACCUGCCUACAGUCUGCAGCUUAGCUUCGCUUUCCUAUCAAUUAGUAGGCCUACCUGUAGAAUGUUGUGUCAUAAUAAGGCUUUCGAGCAGCAUAGCGGAGAAUAGGCGGAACAUUAACACCGAAGAGCAGCAUAUAUAACUUAAUUUUACUCGCUGUCAACAUGGGCAACACCUGGAGUUAUAUGAGGGAAUGGUGGAGUCCAGACAAAGUGAUAUUAUUAAAAUCUCCGGAGGGAGGAGCCUUGCUAAUCGAUGCCGCCGUUCGGCAGACACUCCUCAUCAAGAUCUUCAGCGUUCAAGAAAAAAUGGGCUAUUGCGGUAUCCACUCCGCCGCCCUCCUCAUGAGCGCGAUAUACUUCGGAAAGAAGUUUCCUCUCCCGGCUGACCAAUCCGAUUGUGACGUCAGUGAAGUACCUUACAGAGACACGAACAUGUUCUCCUUUGAGCAGACGACACGUGUCGUAAACCACGAAGAAGUGCUAAAGCGAGGCGCCACACUUCUCGAAAUCCAACGUCUGUUUCAAGCACACGGCGUUCCGACGACCAAAGUCUACACAAAGGACGUCGAUGUGGACACAUUCCGUUCCAGGGCGAUCGAGGCGCUGUCUCACUGCGAUUCGAGUCAGGGUGUGUUAGUCAACUACUUGUACACCUGGAAGUCUGAUUCUGGGGUUGUCCGGCUAGGACAUUUCAGUCCGUUGGCCGCAUACCAUCGUGACACUGAUCGCUUUCUCUUGCUUGAUACGUGGUAUGAGGGAAGGGUGGAAUGGGUCGAGACCAAUGAGAUGUUUGAACUCAUGAAUACGAGUGACCCAGAUUCUGACAUAACGAGAGGGUUCCUCAUCUCUGGACUAGAAGAAUAGAGCCUUCUCUGUUAUCGUGGGCAUCUUAUUUCAAGAAUUGUACACACCCUCCCAUGUAUAAAGAUGACAAAAGAAACGAAAUCAAUGCAAUUGGUUAGUGAGUAAUACAUUAAAUUUUAUUCAUCGAUUCAUCGAUCUGUUAUAACAGGAUUUGUUUUCUAUUGGUUUAAGAAUAACAAAGGACAAGUCACAAGAGAAUUAUAUGUAACGAUGAAGUGUACACAUAUACAUUAUAAACAUAUUUAUAUUCAACAGAGAAUAUAUACAUACAAAUAAGUGGAAUGAUAAAAAGCAAGUGUAUCCAACAUUUUGUAAGAAUCUGACCCUCGUUUUCUAACGCAUUUUAUGUUUGUAUUUGUGGUAGCUAGUCACUCCACGGGAGUUUUUUCCAAUACACCUUAUAUCAAUACCAGGUGCUUGCAAUAGCUGAUAUAAUAAACUACUGAAAUCAUCUCAUUGGAUCGGCUGUGAGGAGAAUAUCCUACUUAUUUUAUAGAUAUUUAGAAAUGUUUAUAGUUAGAAGGGGUUUUAUGAAUUGGGCACCUUAUUUUUUUUAUUUAGCUUGCUUUCACCAUAACCAAGUACAUGUAACUUCUUAGAACGGUAGUUGAAAUGCAAUAAGUCCAUUUGUUUGAAAGCUGAUCAUUAAGAGACACAGAAUGAUGAACGUUUGAAAUAAAUCGGACCAAUAAUAAGAAAGUUAUGAAUGAUUGAAAUAUGUAAUCACUAAGUCUAUGUGAAUUUCAUAUUGGCAGUUGAAUUUCGGUCAGUGGACUAGGACGUAGUCGUGGAUAUAACUCUCCCGUUUGUCGUGUAUCAAAAAUGAAAUAAUUUUUUUCGAAGGGCCCUCCCCCUCGGGGCACUACUUAAGAUAAAUUAUGGGUAGCAUAUUAUCAUAUGUCCUCUAAAGCGAAAGGACCUUCAUGAAUCAUAUAUUAUUUUUAAAAAUGGAAAUUUGUGUCAUUUUGUUGGAACAAAU